AUGAAGCCACAAGAAUUUGACUAUCUUCUGGUUCUGGACUUUGAAGCCACUUGCUGUGAUGAUGGGAAGUUAUUACCCUAUCAGGAAAUUAUAGAGUUCCCAGUUGCAAAACUUGAUGUUCGAUCGUGGACGGUUAGCUCCUAUUUCCAUCAGUAUGUCAAACCUACUACUAAUCCUAUCCUCACAUCGUUUUGUACGCAUCUUACUGGUAUAAUACAGGAAAUGGUCGACAAUCAACCAACUAUCGAUAAAGUUUUGAACGAUUUCGACGAUUGGAUGGGGAAGGAAGAAAUCAUUAAUUCUCGUUUUGCUUUUGUUACAUGUGGUGAUUGGGAUCUAGGAGUUAUGUUACCAUCGGAGUCGGCGAAUAAGCAUAUAUCACUCCCAAGUUAUUUCGAUAAAUGGAUCAAUGUGAAGAAGUCCUAUUGUGAGCACAGUGGAACGUUCGCCAAGGGUUUGAAAGACCUCUUACGGAUUUACAAUUUAUCACAUGCCGGACGUCUUCAUAGUGGUAUAGACGAUGUGAAGACAAUAUGCGCCUUAACCUCAGCCAUUGCUAAGGAGGGAUAUGUUUUCAGAACUGAUGAUUUGGAGCGGAAGCGAAUCUUCAAAAAUACCAUUAUGUAG